AUGGAUGUCACGGCUCUCCGAGACCGUAUCCAGUCUACUCUAGACGCCAACACAAGUAUCCGUCAACAGGCGGAGGCGGAUCUGAAAUAUGCCGAGACGCAACCCGGUUUCAUCAAUGCCCUGUUGGACAUUCUGCAGUCAGAGCAGAACAAUGCCGUUCAAUUAUCAGCCGGUGUCUACCUGAAGAACCGUAUCAGCCGAGGAUGGGCUCCAGUCGAGGACAACCCGCAGCGUGCGCCUAUUCCUGAAUCUGAGAAGCCCAGUUUCCGCGAGAGACUCAUUCCUGCCCUGGCCUCGACCCCGCCUAAUGUCCGCGCUCAGCUUGUUCCCCUCCUCCAGAAGAUCCUGCAGAACGAUUUCCCUGAGCAGUGGCCCGGUUUCCUCGAUCUUACUCUUCAGCUGCUCGGCACCAACGAUGCGAACACAGUUUUUGCGGGUUUGCAGUGCCUGUUGGCAAUCUGCCGUGUGUAUAGAUUCAAGGCCGGUGAAAAGCGGGACGAAUUUGAUAAGAUUGUGGAGCACUCGUUCCCGCAGUUGCUAAGCAUUGGUCAGAAGCUGGUUGAUGAGGAGAGUCUGGAGGCUGCUGAGAUGCUUCGCAUCGUGGUGAAGGCGUAUAAGCAUGCUAUCUACUUCGAGCUUUCGCCGGCUCUCCAGACCCAUCAGGCCACCGUUGAUUGGUGCACAUUGUUCCUGAGAAUCAUUUCCAAGACUCCCCCCGCCAGCUCGAUGGCCGAGUCCAAGGAGGAGCGGGAAUUGAAUCACUGGUGGAAGUGCAAGAAGUGGUCGUAUGCCAACCUCAACCGUCUCUUCAUCAGAUACGGAAACCCCACCACGAUUACCAAGUCCUCUAUUCCCGACUACACUCCCUUCGCGAAGACUUUUAUUAGCACCUUCGCCCCCGAAAUUCUCAAGGGAUAUCUGCAGGAGAUUGACAAAUGGGUUUCCAAAUCACAAUGGCUCAGCAACUCCGCUCUCUCGUAUACCCUUGUUUUUAUGGAAGAGUGCGUGAAGCCCAAGGCGAUGUGGGAGCAUCUCAAGCCGCAUAUGGAGAACUUGAUCGCCCACUUUGUUUUCCCUAUCCUGUGCCAGUCCGAUGAGGACAUCGAGCUUUUUGAAGAGGAUCCCUCCGAGUACCUCCACCGCAAGUUGAACUUCUAUGAGGAGGUUUCCGCUCCCGAUGUUGCGGCCACCAACUUCUUGGUCUCUCUCACCAAGAACCGCAAAAAGCAGACUUUCUCUAUUCUCACUUUCGUCAACACUGUUGUCAGCAAAUAUGAGUCGGCCUCUGAUGACCAGAAGCUGCCUCGCGAAAAGGAGGGUGCCCUCAGAAUGAUUGGUUCCCUUGCAUCGGUUAUUCUAGGCAAGAAGAGUCCCAUCGCGGAUCAGGUUGAGUACUUUUUCGUCCGCCACGUUUUCCCUGAGUUCCGCAGCCCCCACGGAUUCCUCCGGGCCCGUGCCUGCGACACCCUGGAGAAGUUUGAACAGCUAGACUUCAAGGACCCGAACAACCUCAUGAUCAUUUAUCGGAACAUCCUGGAGUCCAUGACCGAUGCUGAGCUGCCUGUCCGUGUCGAGGCUGCCCUUGCUCUGCAGCCCCUGAUUCGUCACGAUGUCAUCCGAACCUCGAUGCAGCAGAACAUUCCGCAGAUCAUGCAGCAGCUUCUCAAGCUGGCCAAUGAGGUUGACGUUGAUGCUCUCGCCAACGUCAUGGAGGAUUUUGUUGAGGUUUUCUCUACUGAACUGACUCCCUUCGCUGUGGCGCUUAGCGAGCAGCUGCGCGACACCUACAUGCGCAUUGUUGGUGAGCUCCUGGAGCGUAAUGCUACUAAGGGCGGCGAUGAUGAAGGAUACGGUGACUUUUUGGAUGACAAGAGCAUCACCGCAUUGGGUGUGUUGCAGACCAUUGGAACACUCAUCCUCACACUUGAAAGCACUCCCGAUGUGCUCCUGCACCUUGAGACUAUUUUGAUGCCCGUCAUCAGCAUCACUCUGGAGAACAAGCUCUACGACUUGUAUAACGAGAUCUUUGAGAUCAUUGACAGCUGCACUUUCGCUUCCAAGUCAAUUUCUCCCACUAUGUGGCAAGCCUUUGAGUUGAUUCACAAGACCUUCAAAGCUGGUGCCGAGCUCUAUUUGGAGGAUAUGCUGCCUGCCCUUGACAACUACGUCACUUAUGGUUCUGAAAUGCUGGUUCAGAACCAAGCCUACCUUGCUGCUCUUGUUGGCAUGGUCGAGGAUAUCUUCCGUGACGACAAGGUCGGUGGCGUUGACCGUAUCUGCGGUUGCAAGCUCGCCGAGACCCUCAUGCUCAACCUACGUGGUCACAUUGACCAGUAUAUCCCUCUUUUCAUUGAGGUGGCCAUGGCUGUCAUCGAUGCUGGUGAGGCCCGCACCAAGUCCUACCGUAUCCACCUGAUGGAGAUGAUUAUCAAUGCUAUCUACUACAACCCUGUUCUCAGUCUGCAGGUUCUGGAGACCAAGGGCUGGACCAACAAAUUCUUCAGCACCUGGUUCUCUAGUAUCGACUCGUUCCGUCGAGUCCACGACAAGAAGCUUUCAAUUGCCGCCAUCAGCUCCCUUCUCACCUUGAAGGCUGCUGAUGUCCCGGCUAGCGUCCAGCAGGGAUGGCCGAGAUUGUUGCAGGGUGUGACAAGACUUUUCCAGACCCUGCCUGCUGCUAUCAAGCUGCGCGAGGAUGCUACCAAGGAGUCUGAUUUCACCCUUGAUGAUGAGGGCGAUGAUGACGACGAGGAGAACGAUUGGGAUGGUGAGGUUGAGUGGAAUGAGGAGGAGGCCGAGGAGGCUACUGAGGGUGAUGUUCCCGACGAGAGCGCCGCCUACCUCGAGUUCCUCAAUCAGGAGGCUCAGAAGUUCAGCCACUUUGCCGACGAUGACGACGAGGAACUCGAUGAGGAGAGUCUUCUGGAGACCCCUCUGGACAAGGUCGAGCCGUACGGCAUGUUCAAGCAUGUCUUCCUCAAUCUCCAGUCCGAGCAACCUCAACUCUAUGACAGCUUGACCAAGGUCCUUGGCCCCGAUGAGCAACAGAUCAUCCAGGCUGUGUUCCACGAAGCUGACGCCAAGGCGAUGGUUGCAGCCGCCAACGCUGAAGCCGCCGCUGCAGCGGGUAUGCAGUCUAAUGGCAACCAAUAG